AUGAGCGACCAGCAGCGAGAAACCACGCAAGAAGAAGCCUCCAGCAGCGAGCAAGCACAAACCCUCGUCCUGAACAACAAUAACAACAAGAUCCAUGAAACGAGUACUGCUACUACUUUGAAUGAAGAUUCUGAUUCUGAUGGAGAAGAGGGCAAUCUCCAACAUCAUCAUGAAAACCCGGAAACUUUUGCACCAAUACCAAGAGAAAAAUUAGAAUUUGAUUGGGAUAAUCCAGUGUUGGAUUUAGCACAUCACCCUCAUGAACAAAUCGGAGCUGGUUAUCCUCUUGGCGCACAUUUACAGUACUUGGAUUUAACCAAUUGUAGAUUGAGAAAGAUUGAAAAUCUUGAUCAUUUGAAAAACCUGGAAACAUUGUUGCUCCGACAAAAUUUAAUCACAAAAGUAGAAGGAUUAAAGAAUUUGGAAUCGCUCAAACAUUUAGAUCUGUACGGCAAUCAAAUUAAGAGGGUAGAUGCAUCUGAACUAAACUCUCUCACAAAUCUAGAACAUCUAGAUCUAUCUUUCAACUUGUUACGUCACAUGGUUAAAGGAUUGAAGCUUCCCAAGUUGCGACAAUUAUACUAUGUCAACAAUAAGAUUAAAGAAAUUGAAGAAGAGGCAACAAAGGGAGAAACAGAUCUUCCUUCAUUGGAGUUACUCGAAUUGGGCUCUAAUCGAUUGCGAGAAAUCAAACAUUUAGAGAAUUUCACCACACUCAAAGAGUUAUGGCUUGGCAAGAACAAAAUUACAGAAAUUAAAUGCUUAGAGACUCUUGUAAAUUUGACUAGAUUAAGCAUACAGAGUAAUAGAAUUACAAAAAUUCAUCGUCUAGACACUCUCACUCAAUUGGUGGAAUUAUAUUUGAGCGAAAAUGGUAUUGAAGUAAUUGAAGGCCUUGACAACUUGACAAAUCUUGUAUUAUUGGAUCUAGCCCAUAAUUUUAUCAAGUCUCUUGAUCAUCUUUCGCAUUUAACUGAUUUGGAAGAAUUUUGGUGCAACGAUAACCAAAUACCGACUUUUAAAGAAAUUGAGAAACUUUCACCUUUGAAAAAACUCACCAGCAUUUACUUUAGAAGUAAUCCAAUUUAUGACGACCCUCAAUACAAACGUAAACUCUUGCUCAUUAUGCCUCAACUCACGUCGAUUGAUGGCUUUCCAGUGAUUAAAAAGUGA